AUGGAAGAGAACAAUGAAGAAAUCAACAAUCUCAUAUAUCUGAAACUGGUGAUCAAAGAGACUCUGAGGCUGCACCCUCCGGCUCCCAUGCUGCCUAGAGCUUGCAACGAGGAACACGUGAUCAACGGAUACACCAUACCGGCUGGAUCUAUGGUGAUGGUAAAUAUUUGGGCCAUGCAGAGGGACCCGGAGCACUGGGAAAAUGCGGAGAGGUUUGAGCCCGAGAGAUUCGAAACUGAAGAUCUGAAUUUUGUAGGUGGAGAUUUUAAAUACUUGCCGUUUGGUUUUGGAAGAAGAAUGUGCCCUGGGCUGACGUUCGGCUUGGCUUCUGCCGAGUCGGCUCUUGUCCAACUGCUCUACAACUUCGAUUGGAAACUUCCAGAGAAUGUCAGGGCGGAGGAUUUGGACAUGGCUGAAAAUGUGGGCAUAACAGCUACAAGAAAACAAAAUUUGUCCGUCAUCGUCACUCCGUACAAGUAG